UCUCUUUGCCUUUCAUCAUGUCUCUGUUUCUCAACCAGGCUUCGAUGUUGUGCCAAGGCAAACCUGCGUUGAUGAGAUCCUCUCAUUUUCUCUCUAAUCGUUUCUCAUCUUCCUCACUGCAACUUACUUGUAAUCGUCUCUCAUCUUCCCCUCAUGUUACUAAACGUCGCCACACUUGUUUGGCAAAGAAGAAGGUGCCUGUGGAUGAUCGAUAUGAAAUUAUGUGGCAUCCUUACACUUGCUCGUUAGCUACUUUCAAUCACGAUGGAAUCUUGGGUUUCAUUCAUUCUUGUUGGGAGUCAGGAGAACCAAAACACUUUUCGUCGCCUCCUUUGGUAACUUUACCUCGUUGCCAAACUCAAAUUGUCAACAACGUUUCCUCAUCUUCUCCACUUGAUGACGAGGACUGUGUUGUGGCUGUCAAGUUUUUGGGGCCUCAAAUCAGCUUUUUCAGGCCUGCUCAAAGUAACUCUGGGUGGACCAACGUUAGAAUCGCAAACCCUUGCUUCUACUCAUCGCAAGUCAUGUUUUCCAAGAAACAUAACAUGUUUCGUAUUCCUGGAUCUGGAGGCCACAUCAUUGGAUCAUGGGAUCUCCACACACACAAGCUAAAAACUCAGAAUUUGAGGUUCCGAAACCUGCCCGGUCUAACCAAGACCCAACGCCAGCUUCUGGAAUCUUGCUGCACUAGCGUACUCUUGCUGGAGUCAGAAUCAACCGAUGAAACACUCUUGGUUAAGUGGUACAGGAAAGCCUCUGGAAAGAUCAUGAGAACAAAAGCUGUAAUGGUGUUCAAGCUAGACCAUAAAGGAAACGCUACUUACACUCAAGACAUUGGAGAUCUCUUCAUUUACCUCUCACAAAAUGAAAAUUCGAAUGAAAUUUUUUGUGAUCUGGCAGCUGAAUUUGAUUCCGGUCUCGACUGGAAGCCUAACUACGUGGAAGUCCUUGAUGGCGACUGGUGCAGCUUCUCUAUUAAUCUGGCUAGUGGUGGAUUAUGUUUGUAG